AUGCUUGCUCUGUGCACAGCCCUAGUGGGGCUGCUGCUCCUGCUGCCUCUGCUGGGGAACCUGCUUUUCCCCUACUGGUGGCAGGACCUGGUCAUAUCACUGUCCAUGAUCCACAGUGGAUACAGAUGUCUGCGUCGGCUCCAGCGCUGCCCUCCCCUCACCCUGCUUGAUACCUUCUUGGAGAAGGUGCAGAGCCACCCAGAGAAAGCCCUGCUGCUUUUCGGGGAGCAGGUUUACACCUACCGGGACAUAGAUCGGCGCAGCAGUCAGGCGGCUCGGGUCCUGCGGGACGGCGUGGGGCUGCAGGAAGGGGACUCAGUGGCCGUCUUCCUGCUGAACGUCCCCUCCUACCUCUGGGUUUGGAUGGGGCUGGCGAAGAUCGGCUGCGUCAUGGCGUGUCUGAACAGCAACAUUCGCGCCAAGUCCCUGCUGCAUUCACUCGGUGCCUGCAGGGCCACGGUGCUGCUGACCACUCCAGACCUCAAAGCCGCUAUUGAGGACGUUCUGCCCAGCCUGCAACAGAAAGGGAUCCGGGUUUUCUACCUGAGUGCCGAGUCCCCCACCAGUGGCGUCGAGCCUCUCCAGGGCCAUAUAGACGCCGUCUCCGAGGAGCCGAUCCCCGUCGCUUUCCGAGCCAAUGUCACCCCCAAAUCCACUGCACUCUAUAUUUACACCUCGGGCACCACAGGACUCCCGAAAGCUGCCAUCAUCACCCACUUGAAGCUGUGCAGGACAGCGAGCAUGUUGUACAUAUGUGGCGUCAAAGCUGAGGAUGUGAUCUACACCCCUCUGCCGCUGUACCAUUCGGCUGCGCUGCUCAUCGGACUUGGAGGAUGCUUGGAGGUUGGAGCCACCUGUGUCUUGCGUCCCAAGUUCUCCGCCUCCCAGUUCUGGGAUGACUGCCGGCGAUACCACGUCUCUGUGAUCCAGUACGUAGGGGAGGUGAUGCGCUAUCUGUGCAACACGCCCAAGAGGGAGAAUGAACGAGAGCAUCAAGUGCGGCUGGCUUUGGGUAACGGCUUGAGGGUGGAGGUCUGGAAGGAAUUCCUCCAGCGCUUCGGGCCCAUUCACAUCUGCGAGUUCUAUGGGGCCACAGAGGGGAACACUGGGUUCAUUAACUACACGGGGAAGAUUGGAGCCGUGGGAAGAGCCAGCUUCAUCCAGAAGAUGCUCAUGCCCUUUGAGUUGAUCCGGUACAACGUGGAGCGAGAUGAACCCGUGCGAGAUGAGAGAGGGUGCUGCAUCCGAGUCCCCCCCGGCGAGUCGGGGCUGCUGGUGGCGAAGAUCACAAAAAACUCCCCAUUCAACGGCUAUGCGGGUGACCGCCAGAAGUCAGAGAAGAAGAUCCUGAGGGACGUGUUGAAGAAGGGAGACCUCUAUUUCAACAGCGGAGAUCUCCUCAUGGUAGACCACGAGGGCUUCAUAUAUUUCCAGGACCGGGUGGGAGACACGUUCCGCUGGAAAGGAGAGAACGUUGCCACGACAGAGGUAGAGACGACGCUGGUGGCAGUGCAGUUCAUUCAGGAAGUCAACGUCUACGGGGUGCCGGUCCCAGGACAUGAAGGCAAGAUUGGAAUGGCAGCAAUACGACUGAAGGAAGGGAUGGUUUUUGAUGGUGAAAAACUCUACACACAUGCCAAGGAUUUCUUGCCAAACUACGCCAUUCCUCACUUUGUCCGCCUGCAGGAUGCUCUGGAGGUCACGGGGACGUUCAAGCAGUGCAAAGGGCAGCUGGUGAAGGAGGGGUUCAAUCCAGCUCUAAUCAAGGACCCCCUGUUCUUCCUGGAUGAAUCGGAGAAGCGUUUUGUGUCCAUGAGCCCUCAGAUAUACAGCUCCAUCCUGGACAUGAAACUGAAACUCUAAAGGUCUCGCUGCUGCCUUGUGUAACUAAUGUGUUAACAUCCCUAGCAAUGAAGCCAGGAUGCCCCAAAUUUGGGUUUCUCAGGAUCCAUCCAAGGAGGGGUAAUUGCCUCCAGUUCUGUUCUGAUCUGGUGAUUAUCUUGUGAUUUUGUAAUGAUGGCUUUGUGCAUAUUCUGCUCUCUGAGAAUCUUGCAGAAAAUAUUGGGUAUUUUUUUCACGGGGGGAAAGGGAGGUUCUUUAAUGUGAAUUUCACCCUUGAAACUUCUCACCUUCUGUUGUAGCUCAUAUUGAACUCUGUGAUGUGGAAAAGAUUUGUGAUUAUAGACAUGAGAUGAUUUUUUUUUUGGUGGAUAGUAAAUUCCCCCUGCCCCCUCAAAAUGCAUUUUUCGGGGCAUUGAAACUGUUUGCAAAUUCUGGUCAAGCUCAUAGAAAGAUAGGGCAGGAAGGAACCUCAAGAGGUCAUCAAAUCCAGCCCUCCACGCUGAGGUAGGACCAAGUAACCCUAGAUCAUCCCUGACAGUUGUUUGUCCAACCUGUUCUGAAAAACCUCCAGUGACAGGAAUUCUACAACCUGUUCCACAUCUUAACUACCCUCACAGUUAGAAAGUUUUUCCUAAUAACUAACCUAAACCUCCCUUGCUGCAGAUUAAGACCAUUAGUUCUUGUCCGACCUUCAGUGGACAGGCAGAACAAUUGAUCACCAUCCUCUUUAUAACAGUCCUUAGCAUAUUUGGAGACUGUUAUCAGAUUCCCCCCUUCAGGCUUCUUUUCUCAAGACUAAACAUGCCCAGUUUUUUCAGACUUUCCUCCUAGGUCAGGUGUUCUAAACCUUUAAUCAUUUUUGUUCUUCUCCUCGGGACUCUCUCCGAUCUGUCCACCAAUUCAGUGAAUAGUUUUGGCCAAAAAAAUUCCCCGAAAACCAAAAUUUCUGAAUGGUCAAAACGGUUCAUUUUGAGCUGUGCCGCUUGGAGGACCUUUCCCAGAUGUGAAGAAGUGCUCCGUGUGGCUCGAAAGCGCGUAUCUCUCACCAGCAGGAGUUGGUCCAAUAAAAGAUAUUACCUCAC